AUGCGAGCCGCCUCACGGGAGAGCCUGAACGGUGUGUGCCUGUCGCCGCCGUCGCCAUGGGAGGAAGGCUGCAGUGUCUCUUCUUGCUCGUGUUCGUCAUUUUCAAAGAGGUGUCUGGCUUGAAGAUUCAGAACAAGCUGCUGGGUAAAUGUCUGCAGGUGCAGGAAGGAACUUUGGGAGGCAGAGUGUCUCUGGCUGAUUGCAGCGCAUACUCGGCCUUACAGGAAUGGCGCUGGCUCCCAGAGAGCCAAGCUCUCAGCAGUCGCCAGACUGGUGAGUGUCUGACUGCGCCAAGAGAGGAGUAUGAAGGUGUCCACCUGCAGCCCUGCAUCUUUCGGGCUGAAAGCGACAAGACUGGGGCCGAAGUGGAAGUGGUGGAUAUGAGCAGAGAGGCAAGCAGGCAGACAUGGUCCUGUUCCAAGAAAGGCCACCUCACUUUGAUUGGUAGGGGGCUGCACCUUAGUGCCACACAAGAAUCCACUUUGGUCUUUCUUUCAAGAGAACAUAAGCAGCAGGGCAGCAGGUGGCGGACACUCGACAACCAGACAUUAUGCAGUGGGAGAGACAACAAACAUAACCAACACCGACCUCUUCAGCAUCUGGGGAAAUCAAUGGAAGCUGGGAUUUUUCCAAGUGCCAUCUCUGAUUUACACGGACAGGCUAAACCACAUGAAGGCAUAAUGGGCGUUGAGGUCACAGAAUCAUAUCCUAUAGUAAAUGAGCCUGUUUCAUCCCUGAGCACCAAACCGCCAGCAGAUCCCACCAUGGUUUUCUUCAGUAUGGACUAUGGGAUGGGCUGGAAGAUAACCAUGCUGGUACUAAGCUCUUUGGCUCUGGUCCUGGGGACUGUGAUUCUUAUCCUCAAUGUUUACUCUAAUAGUGUCAGAAGGAAGAAGGUGGUGUGUGUUCUGAAGUCAUACACUCCGAGGCCAGAGGUGAGCGUUCCUGGGUCCCCGGUGCCCAGUGAAAGAGCCCCGCUGACCAAGCACGCCAUGCACCUCCCCCACUCCUCCCCCACUUUACAACGAGGAGAAAUCCUGAUUGAGUGGAAGGACGGCACUGUUACUCCGCUGUACGAGGCCUGAAGGUUGCGCCGCUCGUGCAGGGCUGGUCGUGGGUGUGUUUGUGCAAGCGCGCAUGGUUUCGUGUGCAAGGUUAUGCAUGUUAUGGUCUGAAUGUGUCUGAAGGGGACUCUGUGGUGAAGGGAAAAGUAAACAAAAGGCUUUCUGUUUCAGACUGUUCAUCUAAAUGAUGCUAAGCAAACUGUUGAUGAUGUACUCUAGACUAUUUCAUAAAAUGGAAAGUUCAUGCACCCGGAUCAGCCAUUUCUGCCACAGAAAGAUAAAAGCUGUUGUGAAGCUGCCAGAAUAGUGCAAGCUUUUGAAAAUGGAGUCCUGACUUAUGAUGUGGGAGAUUUGAGAGAUUGCUUGUUGGAUGAAAGGACUGUAAAAUUAAUGUUUAAGCAUUCAGACAUUUUUUGUUGACUUACCGUAAGUACCAUUUCAAGGCUCAACAAAGAAACAAAUACCUUAACUGUUGUUUGCCUUGGCCUAAACUGAAGCUUCUACCUUGAUGUGGAGUCAGCUCAGGUGUCCCUUUACAUAUUAGCUUAAAUUUGAAGAAUCUAAAAGGCCUACAAGAAAUUUUGGGUACAGUAAUGAUCUGGCAUUGACCUUGUUCCUAACAUGCAAAGACACGCCUUGGCUCCUAAGAGUCCCACCCUUAAUAUUAGGAUUAAUAGCCUAUUUUAGGAAAAAAUAAUUUCCAUUGUGUCGCAACUUUGUUAUGUUGCAACAAAGCUUGUAUAAAUUGGUUCAGUAUUAUUUAGCUCAUGCUCUAUAUUGUGGCUUAAGAUAGUUAAGGCGUUUCAUAAGAAAAUCUUAACCUAGUUUAUGUAAGACGUGUUAAUAGUCCGACAGAGUAUGUCACAGUACUGUUGAUUUUGUAAAGCACUUUCCAUUGGUACUGACACUACAUAAACAUUUUCUCCUUUAAACUGUUAAUAGAGUGUGCUUGUAACUUUUAACUUGAAGUUCAACCUCCACUUUGGAAGCAGCAGUUGAUAAAGCAAUCUCCACCUAAGCACUGCUUUUUUCUGCAGCUUUCAACCUUAUUGCACAGCCCUCAACUGCAGAUACAGUUAGCUCAGUUGCCAUGGGACCAGAGAUGUUUAAACUUUCCAUCAUUCUGAUCACUUUUGUGACUCCUCAUCCUUCAAUGUUCAGUGUGAAGACUGUAUGAUGUGACUGAAAGCUCCAGAAGCAGCUUGAGUGGGGUUUUUGCAGCUAUCAUUGACCUUUUGCAUUUUUUUUAGUGGCAACCUGGUACACCACCAAUUUGUGGUACAAGUAGUAGUUUUGUAACUAAACAAAAGCUGUUUUAUACUGUAAACUAGCUAAUAAAAUGUCUUAUAUAUAUAUGAAUGUACAACUGAUUUGUCCUGUUUUUGCAACUCCAUAGUGACAUGAUGUGUCGUGUUAAGUGUAAUGUUCUGUUCAGUGUUUAUUGUACAUCAGCAAUCCCUUUCCCAUAGUUUAUUAUCCUGAGCGAGGAGGGAAAGGAAAUGGUUGCUGACAAAAGCAGCAUUUAUGGUUACUUCAGACACUUUGUUGGGAUAGAGUAAUCACAGAUAUGUUAAGCUGGUGAUGAUGGUGAUGACAAGGGUUUCAGAGAACAUGGC